AUGGCAGACAGCGCAGACUUGACCAACAGUCUGAAAAUGGAAGCAAGACACUUUAGGACCUCUAGGACCGUAAAUGGACACUCGGACAAGCCGGCGGCCGCAAGACGAAGUGAGUUGUUUUCCCGCAUUGCACCGCAUUAUCGGAUUUGGGAAACAAAGCUGCUUCUCCCCGUGGACAAACUUGACAGAAGCACAGCUUAUUUUCUAGGGCAUACCACUAAGAAAAGAUGGGUCCAGGGUGCGGUUGGCGGGAGCGACACAGUGGAGCUGGAAAUGCGGCAACAUUUAGACACACUUACUACCCGCAAUUGUGGAGAGAGGCGGCCAAGUCGGCGUGGUCGCCAUCUUCGCGAUGGAACCAAGCCGACAGGUCCAGGGUUUGGUGGAUGUUGGCAGCAGGGUCAAACAAAACAAACAACGUUCGGAUAUUGGUUUGCCCACUGUUACGGCGCCUCUAAUGUGGCACGUCCCAUUUGUCUCAGAUGCCAACAGAGACAACUGGACUGCUUGUAUGAUGACAAACAGGCACCUGCUUCGGUUGAGGCUGUCGCCGCCGAGCUCGGUAGCUCUCACACGCCGCCCCUAGAGCCAUUGGACAACUUGCAAACCCUCACCCCAGCGCGCACGCUGGCCGAGGCGAGCCAAGCAGCUCGGCAGGGUGACCGCAAUGCCUCUGCAGCAAAUCAUUUCGGCCAAGCGCCGUCCCCCAAGUCUCUCAGCUGGCUCGUUUCGUCUGAGCUGCCCGAUAACGAUGGGAUAACUAUUCUUUGGAAGAGUACUUCCCCAACAUCCACAACCUCCGUUGCUUCGGCUUCGUUCACCAGCCCACGUAUAUACAACAGCUUCACGACCAAUCCCGUAUCAUACAACAACAGAGCGCCCUGCUGCAUGUCAUAUGUGCUCUUGGAGCCAAGUGACAGCCUUGUUAGGUUCUACGCUUUGAAAUGCCGCGACCGCAUGAACCUCCCGAAUGGGUUCGCCAUCUCCCUCCCAACCCCCUCCCAGGCUGGUAACUCAUGGGCGAAAAGAGCCAAGGUCAUGUUAACCUCCGACAUGAACAACGUCUCAGUUCAAAUACCAUGGGUGGGAAGCUACGCCAGCGCCUUUAUGCUUACUGGCUUGGGCGUGCGCAUGGCAAAAGCAUGGCAGAUCAACCUGGAAAAGUCCACCGAUGUCCUUUGCAACGGCAGUUCGGACGGCCAGCUCCACUGGUCCAGCCGUGCAGCCAGACGACGUUUGAUGUGA